CUGUGCAUCCGUGCGGCUGCCGCGGCCUCGGCAGCUCCUCCUCCCGGGUCUCUGGGUGCCGCUGGGCCGGGUGUCUCCAGAGGAGGGCCUUGCCCGGAUGUACUACACACUGACUCAUAAUCCAAUCGACACCGCCGCGGCAGGCAGCGACACACACACACACACACAGACACAGACAGACAGACAGAGCCGGGCUCCCGCUUCGCUCUCCGCCUCCCCUCCCCGACAGCAGGGGCCGGCCUGGAACGCACGUAGCCCCCCGCCCCUGCCGCCGCGCGCACCCCGAGGCGCCGGGGACGGGCACUUGCUGCCGGGCUGCUCCCGCCGCCGCCGCCGCCGCCUCCCCGCGCUAGCCGCCGCCCCGCCCCGCCGGGUCCCCGCUGCUCCCGCGUGUCCCUCCCCGGCCGCUGGCUAGAGGCGCAGGCAGCUGCCCUGAGCAGGACCCAGAGAGCGGCUCUCCUCCGGGCAGGAACAUGGCAGAUAAUCUAAGUGACGCCUUGAAGAAGCUGAAGAUAACAGCCAUUGACAGCACACCAGAUAGCUUGGAUGGAUGCUUGGAUUGCCUGCUUCAAGCCCUGGCUCAAAACAAUACCGAGACAAGUGAAAAAAUCCAAAAAAGUGGGAUUCUUCAGGUGUUUGCAAGUCUGUUGACUCCACAGUCUUCCUGCACGGCAAAAGUAGCUAACAUCAUAGCAGAAGUAGCCAAAAAUGAAUUUAUGCGGAACUCAUGUGUGGAUGCUGGGUUGAUCCCUCCACUGGUGCAGCUCUUAAACUGCAAAGACCAGGAAGUGUUGCUUCAGACAGGACGUGCCCUGGGCAAUAUAUGCUAUGAUAGCCAUGAGGGCAGGAGUGCAGUUGACCAUGCAGGUGGUGCACAGAUUGUAGUAGACCAUUUAAGGUCACUGUGCAGUAAAACAGAUCCAGCCAAUGAGAAGCUCUUGACUGUCUUUUGUGGCAUGCUGAUGAACUAUAGCAAUGAGAAUGAUACCCUGCAAUCUCAACUUAUCAAUAUGGGCGUUAUCCCUACGUUAGUGAAAUUGUUGGGCGUUCAUUGCCAAAAUGCAGCUCUGACUGAAAUGUGCCUUGUUGCAUUUGGCAAUUUAGCAGAACUUGAAUCAAGCAAAGAGCAGUUUGCCUACACAAACAUUGCUGAAGAGAUUGUAAAACUAUUCAAGAAACAAAUAGAACAUGACAAAAAAGAGAUGAUUUUUGAAGUUUUGGCUCCUCUGGCAGAAAAUGAUAUCAUUAAACUGCAGCUGGUUGAAGCGGGCCUGGUUGAGUGUCUACUUGAGAUUGUCCAGAAGACUGUAGACAGUGACAAAGAGGAUGACAUAGCUGAGCUUAAAACAGCCUCUGAUCUUAUGGUUUUACUACUACUCGGAGAUGAAUCCAUGCAAAAGUUAUUUGAAGGAGGAAAAGGCAGCGUCUUCCAAAGGGUGCUUUCAUGGAUUCCUUCCAAUAACCAUCAGCUACAGCUUGCAGGAGCACUGGCUAUUGCAAAUUUUGCAAGAAAUGAUGGAAACUGCAUCCAUAUGGUGGAUAAUGGGAUAGUUCAAAAGCUGAUGGAUCUACUAGACAGACAUGUGGAAGAUGGAAAUGUAACUGUGCAGCAUGCAGCAUUGAGUGCACUCAGAAACCUGGCUAUUCCUGUUGUAAAUAAGGCUAAGAUGCUAUCAGCUGGCGUUGCAGAAGCAGUACUUAAAUUUCUCAGAUCGGAGAUGCCCCCGGUUCAAUUCAAGCUGUUGGGAACGUUAAGAAUGUUAAUAGAUGCACAAGCAGAAGCUGCUGAACAGCUGGGAAAGAAUGUGAAAUUGGUUGAACGAUUGGUGGAAUGGUGUGAAGCCAAGGAUCAUGCAGGUGUGAUGGGGGAGUCAAACAGACUGCUUUCUGCACUUAUACGACAUAGCAAAUCAAAAGAUGUAAUUAGGACCAUUGUUCAGAGCGGUGGCAUCAAGCAUUUAGCUACCAUGGCAACUAGUGAACACGUAAUAAUGCAAAACGAAGCUCUUGUCGCUUUGGCACUAAUAGCAGCGUUAGAAUUAGUCACUGCUGAGAAGGAUCUCGAAAAUGCUAAACUAGUCCAGAUUCUACACAGACUGCUCUCAGAUGAGAGGAGUGCUCCAGAAAUCAAAUACAACUCCAUGGUGUUGAUCUGUGCUCUUAUGGGAUCUGAACCCCUUCACAAGGAAGUGCAGAACCUGGCAUUUCUGGAAGUCGUAUCAAAACUCCGCAGCCAUGAGAACAACACUGUCGCCCAGCAGGCCUCACUCACAGAGCAGAGACUCGCAGUAGAAAGCUGAGGAAGGUCUCCCGUUUCCAUACAGCAUCCCAUCAUGGAUUUCACCUUUGUCCUCUGGCCUGCUGCUGCUCCUGCUGUGUUUUCCACUGUAUCACUUGUGCACGCAUGUCAUGUUCCCACACACAGUGAUGAACUGCUGUAGGUAUCUGUCCAAUAAGGGUUCUAAAAUCCAUAGGCGGUGUUAACAUAAAUCUGUCAGAAACAAGUCUCCACCCAUAAAUGUUCUAUGUGUAUUCUUGUUGCUUGGGCCACGCCGUAGAAUGUGCAUGUUGUAGUCCGAUGAUGAUGUAAAAGUGGUACUACAUGAUGACUCUUUCCUCACACCCCUAACUGCCUAAUGACAUACUGCUAAAUUAGGGACAAUACAGGAAGCAGCAAGUCCAACCUAGAGUAUUGAUUAUAGGAUUAAAUAGUAAAUCUAGCUCCAUUUUUGGUGCUUUGGAAACACAGGUAUGAAUGGAAUGUAUCGCUGCUCAUUCACUGGUCUUGCCUAGUAAUGUCAAACCCAUGGUACCUAGAGGUAACAAAUAAAAAAUCCAGUGCUCUCACCCGUAA